AUGGUUCCUUCGCCCAAGGUUAAUGUUCGUGAAGAAAUGGAAGAGUUUUUUCCAAGAAUGUGGAAGAUAAAUCAAGAUAAAAGAAGGCUAAUGAAAAGUAUUAAAGAUCAGAAAAUUAAAAUUGAAUGGGGGAAAAAAUUGAACAGAAGAUUGGCGUCACGCUCCCAGUCAAAAUCUCCAGCUGGGAGCCCUGCUCGUGUAAAAUCUGAGAGCAGGUCAGGAUCUCGUAGCCCUUCAAGAGCUUCUAAGCAUUCUGAAUCACGAUCUCGAUCAAGAUCAAAAUCCAGGUCUAGAUCAAGAAGGCAUUCUCACAGGCGCUACAGUCGCUCUCGAUCCCAUUCUCACAGAAGGCGAUCACGAAGCAGGUCCUAUACCCCAGAGUAUCGUCGUAGAAGGAGCCGCAGUCAUUCACCAAUGUCUAACAGGAGAAGGCACACUGGCAGUAGAGCUAAUCCAGACCCUAAUACAUGUCUUGGAGUGUUUGGCCUCAGCUUGUAUACUACUGAGAGGGAUCUUCGUGAAGUCUUCUCCCGUUAUGGACCUUUAUCUGGUGUCAAUGUAGUUUACGAUCAACGGACUGGGCGAUCACGAGGAUUUGCUUUUGUUUACUUUGAAAGAAUAGAUGAUUCUAAAGAGGCAAUGGAACAUGCUAAUGGAAUGGAACUGGAUGGUAGGAGGAUACGUGUGGAUUACUCCAUCACAAAGAGAGCGCACACACCCACUCCAGGCAUUUACAUGGGCAGGCCAACCCACAGUGGAGGUGGUGGUGGAGGUGGAGGAGCUGGCCGUCGACGUGAUUCCUACUAUGACAGAGGAUAUGACAGAUAUGAAGAGUACGAUUAUCGCUAUAGGAGGCGAUCUCCUUCUCCGUAUUAUAGCCGUUACAGAUCACGAUCAAGAUCUCGUUCCUACAGCCCAAGGCGCUAUUGAAGAACAGAAGCCAGUUACAUUUGCAAACAUGAUUUUUAAACAGCAAGUUCUGACCUAACUUUUCCUAUAGAUCUCCUGCAGUUACCCUAAACCCCAUUAAAGAUAUAUGGGUUCACUUAGAAUAUAUGUAUUUUCAGUUGAAAUAUCAGUUUCCCAUCUCUUAUUGUAAUUCCUCAAGUGUAAUUGUUGUAGCUUUAUGUACGUAAAUGUCUUUAAACAAAACUAAGUAGGCUUCCCAAAGUGUUGACACAUUUUGUAAAUCGUUUAUUUUUUAAGCCAGUGGAUUUCUUUUAAAUCUAAUGGAAAGCGAUGAAAGAAUUGGUUUGUUUUGAAGUUGCACGUUGUAUUUCAGUAGAAAUCUACUAUUUGAAUAACCGUCUAUCUGCCUGUUUUGGGACAAUGUUGACCUGUAUCUUCAGUUACACUUCAGUAUGUAUCCCUAAACCAGAGUUUAUAGUUCUCAAUGUAGUAAGUAAAUAUUACUGGAAGGAAUACUGUGGGAAAACUAAUUGUAUACUGCAAAUUGCAGCUUGGUAUGUGUUUGAUAAAAUCAUUUUGAUGGCA